GCGCAGGUGCCGUUCCCAUGUGUCCGGGGCGCCGCCAAUACCCCUGCUGCGGUUUUUUUUUUCGAGCUUGGCCGUUCUUUGAUCGCCCAAACUUUUCUCUCCCUUCCCGUUGUCCUUCCUCAUCUCCUCCCAAACUUCCAAUCCACACAGCAGAUACCAAUCAUGGCUCCCGCUAUGCGUCUAGCUACUUCCACCCUCAGAACCUCGUUGAGGGCACCCUCGCUCGUCUACAGGAACGCUGCCUUCACGGCCGCCAGGUGCUACUCCUCCAAGAGCCAGACCCUGAAGGAGCGCUUCGCCGAGCUUCUGCCCGAGAAGAUUGAGCAGAUCAAGGCGUUGAGGAAGGAGCACGGAUCCAAGGUCGUCGAUAAGGUCACCCUCGACCAAGUAUAUGGCGGUGCUCGUGGCAUCAAGUGCCUGGUGUGGGAAGGCUCUGUUCUCGACGCUGAGGAGGGCAUUCGCUUCCGUGGCAAGACGAUUCCCGAGUGCCAGGAGCUGCUGCCUAAGGCCCCCGGCGGCAAGGAGCCUCUGCCCGAAGGUCUCUUCUGGCUUCUCCUGACCGGCGAGGUCCCCACGGAGCAGCAGGUCCGCGAACUCUCUGCCGACUGGGCCGCUCGCGCCGAGAUCCCCAAGUUCGUUGAGGAUAUCAUUGACGCCUGCCCCUCGGACCUCCACCCCAUGGCGCAGUUCUCCAUGGCCGUCACCGCUCUUGAGCGGACCUCAUCCUUCGCCCGUGCCUAUGCCAAGGGUGUUCACAAGAGGGACUACUGGGGCUAUACCUUUGAGGACUCAAUGGACCUCAUCGCCAAGCUCCCCACCAUUGCUGCUCGCAUCUACCAGAACGUCUUCAAGGGCGGCAAGGUCGUCCCUGCCGAGAAGGACAAGGACUACGCCUACAACUUCGCCAACCAGCUCGGCUUCGGCAAUAAUGCCGACUUUGUUGAGCUCAUGCGUCUUUACCUGACCAUUCACACCGACCACGAGGGCGGCAACGUCAGCGCCCACACCACCCACUUGGUCGGCAGCGCCCUCAGCUCGCCCUUUCUGUCUCUGGCUGCUGGUCUCAACGGUCUCGCUGGCCCUCUGCACGGUCUGGCCAACCAGGAGGUGCUCAACUGGCUCACCGAGAUGAAGAAGGUCAUUGGUGACGACCUGAGCGACGAGGCCAUCACCAAAUACCUCUGGGACACCCUCAACGCCGGCCGUGUCGUCCCUGGCUACGGCCACGCUGUCCUACGCAAGACCGACCCCCGCUACAUGGCUCAGCGCAAGUUCGCCCAGGAGAAGAUGCCCGAGGACCCCAUGUUCAAGCUCGUCAGCCAGGUCUAUAAAAUCGCCCCCAAGGUCCUCACCGAGCACGGCAAGACCAAGAACCCCUACCCCAACGUCGAUGCCCACUCCGGUGUUCUUCUCCAGUACUAUGGCCUGACUGAGGCCAACUACUACACCGUCCUCUUCGGUGUCUCGCGUGCCAUUGGUGUGCUGCCUCAGAUCAUCAUUGACCGUGCGGUCGGCGCCCCGAUUGAGCGGCCCAAGAGUUUCUCGACCGAGAAGUGGAUCGAAAUCGCCCAGAAGCUGUAAGAGGCUGUAAUAUACGCGCGUGGCGCACAUCGGGUUAGGUUGCUGGGCACGGCGCGCAGGGUUCGUUUUACGGUUAUUUCAUGUAUAGAAUGGAUGGGACGUCGAGCGGUU